AUGAUUAUCAUAGAUGAAUUACCAUUUAGGUAUGUUGAACAUGAAGGGUUCAAACGGUUUAUGGCUCGUGUUUGUCCAAUGUUUGUGUUACCUAGCCGUCAGACCGUUAGAGAGGAUUGUAUCAAGGUGUUCUUUGAAAAUAUAGAGUUGUUGAAGGACUAUUUCAAGACUAAGUGUUUAGGGAUGGUAUCGCUCACCACUGAUACUUGGACUUCUUUGUCCAAUCUCAAUUAUAUGUGCAUUACUGCUCAUUUCAUUGGUAGAGAUUGGAAAUUGCAUAAAAGAAUUAUUAACUUUGUCCAAGUUACAAAACAUUAUGGAAGUGAAAUUGGAAAACAGUUGGCUAGUUGUUUGGUGGAGUGGGGCAUUAGGAAGGUGUUUUGUAUAACAAUGGACAAUGCUAGUGUCAAUGAUGUGGUUGCUAUCUAUAUGAAGGAACAGUUGAAAGAGUGGGGAUCAGAUAUUUUGGAUGGAAAAUAUCUGCAGAUGAGGUGUGUGGCUCACAUUAUUAAUUUGGCUGUGAAGGAUGGGCUUAAAGAAACUGGUAAAUCUGUGGAGCGAGUGAGAGAUUCUGUGAAGUGGGUUAAAUCUACACCAGCUAGGAGCAGAAAAUUUAAAGAUUGCAUUGAGUUUGAAAAGAUAGCUUCGAAGAAAUUUGUUUCGUUGGAUGUAGCUACAAGGUGGAACUCAACGUAUCUGAUGUUGGAACCUGCAAAGCCAUUUGAGAAAGCAUUUCAGACAUUAGCUAGAAAUGAUAAGAAAUUCAAGAAACAUCUCAAUGAAAAAAAUAUGGAAAUGAAAGUCUUGGUAUCACGGCUUCUGAUGAUUGGUCUAGUGUGGGAUGGUUGA